AUGGACUGUUUUGUCAUUUUCCUACAUUUCCUAAUAUUUACACUUUGCACCCUUGUAAAAUCUCAAUCUAGUCUCUGCAGGUCCUCUUGUGGUGAAAUCCAAAUCAACUACCCUUUUGGCAUAGAUGAUGGUUGUGGCAGCCCGAACUACCGAAACAUCCUCGUAUGCUCCGAACCGAACCGUCUCGAACUCCGAACCCCGUCUGGCCGAUACCUGAUUCGUCGGAUUGACUAUUCCGAUCCUCACAUUCUGGUGACGGAUCAAUCCAUGUGGAACUGCCAAGACGGUUCACGUUUCCGACAACCCCGCCCGUUUAGCCUCGACACGAGCAUCCAUUUCUCGCUAUCACCACAAAACGACUAUCUUUUCUUCAAUUGUAGCGAAAAGGACGUGAUCGUCGAGCCGAAACCGAUAUUUUGUGAACGGUUCCCGGACCGAUGCGAUUCGACGUGUGACAGUGCGAGCUAUUUGUGUCGGCACUUGCCGGAGUGUGGACACGUGUUCGAUGGUCGUACUUCGUGUUGUUCGUAUUAUCCGAAAGCAACGGAGUCGUUAAGAUUGAUGUUGAAGUAUUGCGACACUUAUACGAGUGUUUAUUGGAGGAAUUUAGGGGUGAACCAACCGUAUAAUACAGCCCCGGAGUACGGGAUCAGGAUCGAUUUUGAUAUUCCCGUUACGACACGGUGUCUACAAUGUCAGGACGGAAGUAAGGGCGGCGGGAAGUGCGGGUUCGACGUAGAAACACAUGGUUUUUCGUGCUUAUGUGACAAAGGAAACGUCACGACUUUUUGUAAAGAUCGUUCUCAUUCUCAACAAGGGAGGAGUUCUCGAGUAAUUGUCGGGAGUGCAACAGCAGUAUCAGUGGCGGGAGCAAUUGGAAUAGGGGCAGGUGUAUGGUACUUUAGAAAAGUGAAAGGUGCAAAGCCGGUUACACAUGGAGUUCAAACCAAUGAGAAUAGGCUUUUUUGAUUCUUCAUUACUUUAUAUUUU